AUUGAUUUGGAUAACGCUGGGACUGGGCGAGUAAAGUCGCGAGCUUCUCUUCCAUUCUUGCAGAGCUUCCGCCAUCGAUAACCAGAGCAAGUUCAAUGGCUAUUUCUUCUCUCUCUGCCUCCAUAAUUCCAUCUCCUACUCUAUUGGGUCCUUUGUCAUCUCUUUCUUCUAAACCUAGACUUCUUCCCUUCUCUGGUUCCUCUUCUACUGCUCUGAAGCUCAAACCCCUUCAAUUUUCAUCGUCUUCGACAAGGGUUUAUGCCGCUCCUGAAGUUCUCGACUCCUCGGAUACCAUCGAACCGCCUCCGGAAAUCCUGGAGGGCUCUGGAGCUUCCACUCUCGAGGGUGAAGAAUAUGAGACGCCUGGGACUUCAGCGCUUAGCAUUGGUGAAGAUGUGGACAGGCUGGCGCCGAAGCAGAAAAUUCGAAUUAAACUAAGGUCUUACUGGGUUCCACUCAUUGAAGAUUCCUGCAAACAGAUAAUGGAUGCUGCAAGGAGUACAAAUGCAAAAAUCAUGGGUCCUGUGCCAUUACCUACCAAAAAGCGCAUCUAUUGUGUUAUUAAGUCUCCUCAUGUUCAUAAAGAUUCGAGAUUCCAUUUCGAAACCCGAACUCACCAGCGCCUAAUCGAUAUUUUGUACCCCACUGCCCAAACAAUCGACUCGUUGAUGCAACUUGAUCUUCCUGCUGGUGUUGAUGUGGAGGUCAAACUAUGAAGAGAACAGCUUCAGCUAGGUUAUGGAUUUCUGAAGAUGUAACUACUGGGAUAAAACGGAGCCUGAUUGAACGGGUUGUAGAGCCGAUAGCUAGUCCCCGUUACAUGUUUCUUUGCUUGAGUUUCUAUGCCAGUUUGACAAUGGGAGCAAGGAAAAUAUAGGACUGUUGUAAUCACAUCUUUUUGUUGGUUAUUUGCUGCUAUGCAGCCUUGUUAAUCAUUUGUAUUAACUGUGUUUUGUAUUUUUUUUUGGUACUUAAUGGAGCAAUGAAAAAUAUGCAUUAUCAAA